AUGGGGAGAAGGACAAGAUCAAAUAGCAGUAGUAAUGGAAGUGCCCUAUCGGUAGGUAAUGGUAAUGUUAAUGCAAAAACAACGAACAAUAACAAUAGCAAUACUAGUAAUAAGAUAAAUAAUCAUCCUCAACCAGAUGAUAAGUCAAUUGUCCAACCACGAAAUAGGUUCACUAAUAUAAUGAUUCUUAAAUCAUUAAACAAUACAUUUGAAACUAAAUUUUUGGUUAUUCCAUUUAAACCGGAUGUAUUAAAAUUAGGUAGACCAGUUGCAAACAACAACAACAACAACAACAACAACAACAACAACAACAACAACAACAGCAACAACAGCAACAACAGCAACAAUAACAACAAUGUUAAUAAUAACAACAACAACACUAACACCAACAACACUAAUAAUAACCAACAAAAACUAAAUGAUCAAGUUCGUCCAGAUAACGGUAACUUUGAUUCCAGAAUUUUAUCAAGAAAUCAUGCUUCAUUAACUUGUGAUCCAACAACAAGUAAGAUAUUCAUUCGCGAUUUGAAAUCGUCUAAUGGCACUUUCGUUAACGGUAAUAGAAUAACUCCAAAUACAGAUGUAGAACUAAAAAUAGGUGAUAUACUUGACCUAGGUACUGAUAUAGAUACAAAAUUUGAACAUCGGAAAAUUAGUGCGUUAGUAGAUGAUAUUUCUGUUAUCCCAUUAGUCGAUGAUGAUUCAAAUGCAGAAGAUAUAAGCGGUACUACUACUGCAGCACAGAGAGCAGCAUUUGAAGCAGCAAUGUUUGGUGAUAUAAACAAUGAGAUUUUAAACGAAGAAAUUUGGGGUAACGAAACAGAACUUUUAAGUGGUAUUUUCAUUAAUAAUUCAAUAGGAACUUCUCCUCAUUUCAUUAAUCUUGUUAAAAUUUUAAACCAAGAAAUAGCAUUAGAAAAAUUAGAAACUGAAAAGUUGAAAAGUAUGGAACAAUUUUUAUUAAAUUAUACCGCCAAUUUAGAACAUUUAAAUAAAUUAAGAAUAGAAAAAAAUGAUUUAUCAUUAAUGCAGUUACAAAAUAAUUUGAAAACCAAGAUGAAGCAAAAAUAUGAAAGCUUAGUAAAGGAUCAACAGGAAAAAUUAAUUAACUCAGUAUUGGAGAAUGAAAAUUUACAUAAAAAAAUCCGAUCAUUGGAAAAUGAAGAAAUAGAUAAAUUGAAAUUAGAAAUAGAUGAUUUAAAAACCAGAUUGCAAGUAGAAAAAUAUAAAAACGAAGAGCUUCAGAUACAUCAAUUUAAUAACAAUUGUAGCGACGGUCAUACCACUAGUAACGAAAACAAUAUUAACACUAUAAAUACUGCUGAAAAGACUACUAGUGUUAGUAACACUGCUCCUCAAGAAAAGCAACAUUCCAGGCAAGAAUCAAAAGAGGACGAGAAGGGAAAUUACACUGAUGAGAAGUUAGUUGCCACUAAAGAACAAACCACAAAUGCGUCUUUGUCCUCGAACCUUCAUCUAGAGGGAAACCAUAAUGAUCAAAAAGUUGUUAAGUAUGCUAAAGCUGCUAAAAAAGUUAAUGAGCCUCCUAAUGACCAAAAGAAACAUACGGGUGGUAACCCAGUAUAUUUAGUUUCUGUUGGCAUUAUAGGAAUAGCAGCAGCCACAGUAGCAUAUUCUAAAAACUACAUCUAA